AUGAAAGCAAUAUUUUUACUUGGUGUUGUAUUUACAGGCCUCUCAAAUGCUAUUAUACAAAACAGCGUCUCUGGGUGGACCAUUCCCAGCUCUGGCCAACCUUACUACUUAGUAAAUGAAAAUUUGUAUCAAUGCACAGUAAUUGGAAGUUUUGAUUUUGGAUAUGCAACUCAAUAUGAAGGAACACAACCAGAACCUACUAAAAGAUCAGAAAAGUAUGGGUUCAACAUAUAUUCUCUUCUGGAGGGUCAAUUUGCUAUGAAUUUCCUCAACAUUUAUAUGUGGAAUUGCAGAUUUAGAUUUAAUCCUUUCUAUAUUGAACCUUACAACCAGUAUGUGAUCUGGGAUAGUCCACUCAGUGGUUCAUUCCAUUUAUAUCUCUAAGGUACAAGAAACAUCAAAUUUCUUGACUUCACUACUUUAAUAACCGAAAAUACCUAUGUCAUUAAGAAAUCACUAGAAGAAGCAUUCGAUCCAAGCACAAAUCUUAUACCUGAUGCCUAAGAUAAGUAUCUGGAAGAAGACUAUGAAAAUAGAUACAAAGACGCAUUCUGGAAAUUCAACGUGUUUGACAUUCUUGGCUAAGACACAUCUUCAUGGUAAGGCAGUCAAACUUAUUACGGCCCAGUCAAGCUAUUUUGA